CGAGUGAGGAAAGGAGGGGGCUGGAAGAGAGUAAAGGGCUGUUGUUAAACAGUUUCUUACCGUAAGAGGGAGUUCAGACCUAGAUCUUUCCAGUUAAUCACACAACAAACUUAGCUCAUCGCAAUAAAAAGCAGCUCAGAGCCGACUGGCUCUUUUAGGCACUGACUCCGGACAGGAUUCUUUCACCCAGGCAUCUCCUCCAGUGGGAUCCGCCAGCCGGUCCAGCAGCACCAUGUGGGUGACCAAACUCCUGCCAGCCCUGCUGCUGCAGCAUGUCCUCCUGCAUCUCCUCCUGCUCCCCAUCGCCAUCCCCUAUGCAGAGGGACAUAAGAAAAGAAGAAAUACAAUUCAUGAAUUUAAAAAGUCAGCAAAGACUACCCUAAUCAAAAUAGACCCAUCACUGAAGAUAAAAACCAAAAAAGUGAAUACUGCAGACGAAUGUGCUAAUAGAUGUACUAGGAAUAGAGGACUUCCAUUCACUUGCAAGGCUUUUGUUUUUGACAAAGCAAGAAAACGAUGCCUCUGGUUUCCCUUCAACAGCAUGUCAAAUGGAGUGAGAAAAGAAUUUAGCCAUGAAUUUGACCUCUAUGAAAACAAAGACUAUAUUAGAAACUGCAUCAUUGGUAAAGGAGGCAGCUACAAGGGAACAAUAUCUAUCACUAAAAGUGGCAUCAAAUGUCAGCCCUGGAGUUCCAUGGUACCACACGAACACAGCUUUUUGCCUUCGAGCUAUCGGGGUAAAGACCUACAGGAAAACUACUGUCGAAAUCCUCAAGGGGAAGAAGGGGGACCCUGGUGUUUCACAAGCAACCCAGAGGUACGCUACGAAGAAUGUGACAUUCCUCAGUGUUCAGAAGUUGAAUGCUUGAUCUGCAAUGGGGAAAAUUAUCGAGGUCUCAUGGAUCACACAGAAUCAGGCAAGAUUUGCCAGCGCUGGGAUCAUCAGACACCACACCGGCACAAAUUCUUGCCUGAAAGAUAUCCCGACAAAGGCUUUGAUGAUAAUUACUGCCGCAAUCCCGAUGGCAAGCCGAGGCCAUGGUGCUAUACUCUUGACCCUCACACCCGCUGGGAGUACUGUGCAAUUAAAACAUGUGCUGACAGUACUAUGAAUCACACUAAUGUUCCUAUGGAAACAACUGAAUGCAUACAAGGUCAAGGAGAAGGCUACAGGGGCACUGUCAAUACCAUUUGGAAUGGAAUUCCAUGUCAGCAUUGGGAUUCUCAGUAUCCUCACAAGCAUGACAUGACUCCUGAAAAUUAUAAAUGCAAAGACCUACGAGAAAAUUACUGUCGAAAUCCAGAUGGGUCUGAAUCACCCUGGUGUUUUACCACUGAUCCAAACAUCCGAAUUGGCUACUGCUCCCAAAUUCCAAACUGUGACAUGUCAAAUGGACAAGAUUGUUAUCGUGGGAAUGGCAAAAAUUAUAUGGGCAAUUUAUCCAAAACAAGAUCUGGACUAACGUGUUCAAUGUGGGACAAGAACAUGGAAGACUUACACCGUCACAUCUUCUGGGAACCAGAUGCAAGUAAGCUGAAUGAGAAUUACUGCCGGAAUCCAGAUGAUGAUGCUCAUGGACCCUGGUGCUACACGGGAAAUCCACUCAUUCCUUGGGAUUAUUGCCCCAUUUCUCGUUGUGAAGGUGAUACCACGCCUACAAUAGUCAAUUUAGACCAUCCUGUAAUAUCUUGUGCCAAAACGAAACAAUUGAGAGUUGUAAAUGGGAUUCCAACACGAACAAAUGUAGGAUGGAUGGUUAGUUUGAAAUACAGAAAUAAACAUAUCUGCGGAGGAUCACUGAUAAAGGAAAGUUGGGUUCUUACUGCACGACAGUGUUUCCCUUCUCGAGACUUGAAAGAUUAUGAAGCUUGGCUUGGAAUUCAUGAUGUCCAUGGAAGAGGAGAUGAGAAACGCAAACAGGUUCUAAAUGUUUCCCAGCUGGUAUAUGGGCCUGAAGGAUCAGAUCUGGUUUUACUGAAGCUUGCCAGGCCUGCUGUCCUGGAUGAUUUUGUCAGUACAAUUGAUUUACCUAAUUAUGGCUGCACAAUUCCUGAAAAGACCUCUUGCAGUGUUUAUGGCUGGGGCUACACUGGAUUGAUCAACUAUAACGGUCUAUUACGAGUGGCACAUCUCUAUAUAGUGGGAAAUGAGAAAUGCAACCAGUAUCAUCAAGGGAAGUUGAUUCUGAAUGAGUCUGAAAUAUGUGCAGGGGUUGAAAACAUUGGAUCAGGACCAUGUGAGGGGGAUUAUGGUGGCCCACUUGUUUGUGAACAACAUAAAAUGAGAAUGGUUCUUGGUGUCAUUGUUCCUGGUCGUGGAUGUGCCAUUCUAAAUCGUCCUGGUAUUUUUGUCCGAGUAGCAUAUUAUGCAAAAUGGAUACACAAAAUUAUUUUAACAUAUAAGGUACCACAGUCAUAGCUGAAGUAAGUGUGUCUGAAGCACCCAUCAAUACAACUGUCUCCUACAUGAAGAUUUCAGAGAAUGUGGAAUUUAAAAUGCCACUUACAACAAUCCUAAGACAACCACUGGAGAGUUAUGUUUGUUAAAAUUCUCAUUAAUGUUUAUGGGUGUUUUCUGUUGUUAUGUUUGUGUUAUUUUGUCAAUGUUGAAGUGAAUUAAGGUACAUGCAAGAGUAGUAACAUAUCUCCUGAAGAUACUUGAAUGAUUAAAAAAAGACACAGGUAUAAUUGUUGGAUGAUAAAGAUUUAAUGGGAAAAAAUUCAAUCUCUCUAUGCUGCUUACUGAGGUUGGUUUCUUAAUAAUGAACAAACCAUAAAUUAAAUAUUAUUUUAACCUCACCAGAACAAUUUAUACCUUGUGUCCCUUAAUUGUAGCCCUAUAUUAAAUUAUAUUACAUUUCAUAUGCCAUAUGUUAUAUUUCAUUCAUUUCUCCUCACCAUGUAUCCUGCAAUACUGGUACAUGAACACACUUUUUACAAAACCAAUACCCAUGUACACAUGCCUAGGUACACAUGUGCAUGCACUACAGUUUAAAUUAUGGUGUACCUCAUGUAACUCCUAAAUAUUUUAGAAGUGUGUAACUAUAGUUUACCUAAAAAAAAGAGAAAGAAAUCUCUAAAGACCAGUAGAAAUAUUAAACAAUGAUGCAAGAUCAAAAUGACUAGCUAAUUCUCCACACAUAAUGUGCAGAUGAUCUUCUUUGGUUGGCAUUUCAGGUGUGACCAUCCCCCAGAGAGUGAAAUAACACCAACACCUAUUCUAGGUGUUUACAUGUAUUUAUUAACCUAGUUAUUUCAGGUAGUUCCUAAUUCUUAAAGGAAAGAGGGUAAUAGUUCUAUUUGUGUUAUUUGUUUCCUCCAACUUAAGGCCACUCAUUUACACAAGAUAUUUGUAGAUCUAUUUUACUAAAGCCUUUCUUAAAUGCCCACAUCAGUAUCUAACUGAAGAAGUUUAAAAUUGUUUAGUUAUUAAAAAUGUAUUUAAAUAGGUUAAUUCUAAGACUUGCUCCUGUGAUUGGCUUCUAGCUCACUGCCUUUAAUUUUUAAAAAAUUUAAGAGAAAAACUUCCAUGUCUCCAAAGUUUUAUAAAUACCCUUCAUCAAGUCAUGCAUUAAAGUAUAUAUUGGAGGAAAACAUAUUUCUUAACCUGGAAGAUUUUAGCCUAAUAAAGCUUGUUUGAAGUAAAAGAAAACUUCUAAAAGGAAAUAAACUAGUUUGUUUAAACUCUGUAUUCAUUUAUUAUUUUGAAGUAUAGUUGAAUCUGUUGAAUCAGAUAUUUUAUCAAGGUAUCUUCAUUUUUUAUUUCAUUUUACAAAGAUCUUUCCUAAUGCCAUAUGUAAUGGUCAUUUAAACUUUCUGUAUAACAGCCAAAUUAUCAUAUUUUUGUAUUUGUCAUGCUUAGCUAAAGAUCAUGUAUUUGUUGAGAAAUAGAAUAACAAAAAGUAAUAGGAUAGGCUUUGAUUUUUUUUCAAAAAACUUCCUGUACAAAAGGCCUUUAAAAAUAAUUUUUUGACAAGAAAGUUUAGGAAGUCCUGGGUGGCCCGCUGACACUGGGUUUCCAAGUUUGCAAUUAAAAGUCAGUCAUUCAUAUAUUGAAGAACCAGGGUACCCGGAUAUGAAAAAUUACUAAUGUCCUGAGCUAGACCCUGGCUUAACAAGUGGGGGCUAUCUCGAAAAACCUAGGGUAACAGGGCUUUAAUUUCCAGGACAGGAAAUUAAAAAGGAGAUGGCUGCGCCAGUUUCCAGAAGGAGAUUAACCUCCUGGCCCUCUAUGGCUAGCUUUACCCCGGGCUCCGUGAGGGUGAUGACUUGUGCUGGCACUUGCCCCCGGGCACCCUCAGUCCUGCUGUUGGGUUAUCUGGUUAGCCACCUCAGACCCUGGAACCUUUGUCCCCUGGGGCAGCAUGCCUUUAAGUGAUCCUCUUGGCACAGUGGGCAAGGACGAGGUGGUGGUCCAUUUUUCUGGGGACAAUUUCUUAUAAAGUGUCCCAUUAGCCAAAUUCCUAUACACUCUAAUUAAGAAAACCCAAAAAGCUAACAACUGGUUACAUAAUUAUAGGAGGAGAAAAGGAACACAAAGCCAUAAUUAAGGACUUCAAGACAGCAGGGGUAUUGACAGAUGCAAUUCAUUACAGUACUUCAAUGUGGCUGGUGGACAGGCUGAUCGGAGCUGGAGGCUUCCAUUGCAGUAGAUUAUUGCUAUUGAAUUCAGUUGUUAUAUUCCUGCUAUUUCAGACAUUGUGUAUCAAAACUGUUGGCACCUGGAAUAUCAUCUUGGACACUGCAAAUGCCUUUUUGUUUAAAUCCUUUAUGCACAAACAGAUUAAAAUCAGUAGCGUUUAAAAAUAAUAAUAAUAAUAAUUUUUUGAAUGGUGUGAAUACAGUAUUCCCAUUUCUCUUAGUUUUCUUGAAUGAUUUUUAUCAAGGCCAAGUCCCCAAACAAUUCCCUAACAGCUUUUUAGAAUACUGUUCAAUCUGGACUAAAAUGCUUUUAAGUUUAUGGAGCACUUAGUCCACAAAAUAUAGGGCAGCAAGUCCAGAAGUGCUUAUAAAAGUUGUUUCAUUUUUUUUGUAAAAUAUGUGCUGGUAUCAAGAAUCUUAAAGUGGAAGCAAAAAGACGUCCAACUAGUUGCUGGCCUCCAUCAUCUUAUCUGAUUGUAUUUCUCUUUCCCUUAUAUAAUACACCAUUAUAAUAAGAAUACCUAGAAAUGUCAAGAGCAUAUUGCCAAAACAUAGAGUGUAUUUCAUAGUUUCUUCUUGCUGAACCAGUGAAAUUUUAUUGUUGCAUAUGACGAUAUUUAUACAACUUUUAUAAAAUUAUAAUACUUUUUAAAUACUCACAUUUUAAAACUACUUCCUUUAUGACUCUUCCUCUACAUUUCCUAAAAAUACCAAUAAAGAUUAGCUAGAUACAAGAUGAAGCUAAGUAUUUAGACAUUUUGAACCUAGUAUUUUUCAUUUUAUUAAAGGCUAAAAACAAUACCACCAAUAAAUCAUCAAACAGACUGUAGAAAGUAAUUCUCUCUUUGGGAGGCUCCUUUAGUGAUAGAGGGACAUGGGUGGAAUUGACAAUGAAAGUUAGAUGAACAAAGUGCAUGUUAUUUUAGGUGGUAGAAUGGGGUAGAGUCAUGUCAUUAUUUGCUGGUGGAAGAUAUUCUUUACUAGGUGUUCUUUGCUGAAUAAAUUAUUAAACAUUUAAAAAAUUCAAUAAUCCAUUUUAUUUUGUGUCAUUGACAAAAGGAUCUUUUAAAUCAGAAGGUUUCAAUGCGAUUUCUGGUUUGGCUGAUUGAAUAAUGGUUAUGUACUGUUAUAAUUGUAGACAUUUUCUCAUGUCUAUCAGGAAUUGAAGUGUAAAACUAAAAUAUUUUUCAUAAUGCCUCUGCCGUGCAGAAGAAAUGAUAAUCCUUUUGUAUACUUCUUUAAUUUUAUUGUAAAAUGUGUAAUGACUUUUAUGUAUUUGCUGUGGGCAGGUCCUCAGUAAUGUAUAUUGAGUCAAUUUCUAGUAUUAAUAGGCUUUUGCUUGCUAUCUAAGUGUUUCAAAUUACGGGAAAUGUGAGAUACUGGAAGGCAAGAAAAUUAACAAUAAUGGCAUGUGAUAGCAAAAUUGUAUUUCACUUAUUCCUGUGAAUAUUUCUUGUUGGUACCAAUGGUACUGUACAAAGUGAAUGUUGUAGCCACAACAUUCUCUUUAAAAGAACACUGUCAAGAAGUGGGAAAUUGCUGUCAGGCAUUUCCUUGUUGUUUAUAAACUUUUUUUUUUUUUUAAUAAAUACUGUUUUUGCAAUAUAGAGAUCAUGAGGUAAAGAAUGUUAAUAAGCUCUUAUACUAAAAAGCCUUAAAUUGAUUUACUAAGAUUCAAAAAAUACUAUUUUAAUUAAUGAUACCCCAUAUAUAUAAACACAUUAAAAUAAUAAAAUUAAUUUUGGUAAAAGGACCUGGCCUUUGAUUUUUAAAUACAUAAUUUUAAAACAAAUCACUUCUCAUGAUAAAGUCCAAAAAGAAGUUAUCUUUCAACAUUCAACUGAGUUUGGAACUAAGAAUUUAGUAAUAUAAAAAAAAGUUGAAAUUUUUUGGACCAUAUAAAUCUUGACAGUGUAACUUUUAAGUAGGUUCAUUUCCAUUUGCACAGAAAGUUUCUGUAUUUAGGAAACUGAAAAUGAAAUACUGUGGAUGUUUUGACUGUUUGUCUUGUAUGUAAAUAGGAAAUUGAUAAGCUGCCUAUUGAGUGGUAUAGCUGGAUGCUUACCCAAAAAAGGGAACACUGUGGUUAUGACUUGUAUUAUAAACUUUCUGUAGUUAAUAAAGUUGUUAUUUUUAUAACCAUGAUUAUAUUAUUAUUAAUAAAAUAUUUUGUCAAAAUGCU